AUCCUUCAUUUGAUUAUCUCCCAAAAAAGAUUAAAAUCAUGUUGAUAAGAAUGUUGAAAUUUGUAUAAAAAAGAGAAUAAUUUAUUGGUUACAAUAGUCUAGUGAGCGGCACAAGAGUAACAAUGAAAAUCAUCGUUCUACUGGCAACCCUUAGUCUCAGCUUGGCUGCCCCAGGCUUAGAGAAGGUCGACCCAGAACACCCCUUUCCCUUCCAUCCAACAGUGGGAGGACGUAUCGUAGGAGGUGAAACAACUACCAUAGACCGUGUGCCUUACACUGUAGGUCUGCUCAGAAAUGGUGCUUUAAUCUGCGGUGGUGUGCUCAUUGGACCCAGGACCGUCUUAACAGCUGCUCACUGUGUUGCUCCCAGCGUUAUUUCCAACGUAGCCCUUCUUAACAUCCGUUCUGGAUCAUCAACACACAAUAAUGGAGGUCUUCGCAUUGCCGUUACCAGGAUGAUCUCACAUCCUCUAUACCGUGACUGCUGGUGGUGCGAACCCGACUACGACAUCGCUGUUUUAGAAUUGGCUUCCAAUGCUAUCGCCACUGGUCUUCCAGCGUCCGUAAUUAGCAUGUACGAACAAAACGCUGAUUUUAAUGCUGGUACUUAUGCUACUGUAGCUGGAUGGGGAGCUACGACUGAAGGAGGUGCUGGAUCCACUCAGCUUCGUAAAGUGAACGUACCAGUUGUUGGCAACGCUGAGUGCGCUAGAGUUUAUGGUUCCAUAAUUUCCUCGAGGACAAUCUGUGCUGGAUACCCUGCUGGUGGUAGAGACGCUUGCCAAGGAGACUCUGGUGGUCCAUUCGUUAUUAACAAUAGGUUGGCUGGUGUUGUAUCUUUUGGAGCAGGAUGUGCAAGACCAGGAUUCCCAGGAGUAUAUGCCAGUGUUCCUGGUUACAGACAAUGGAUCAGAGAAAAUUCUGGAAUUUAAAAAAGGAUAAAUAAAUUUAUAUUUGUUUGGUAAAAAUAAAGUUUAACUUUAAAGUUAAAUACAA